AUGGAGAAAUUCUCGCAAUUUCGGGAUCGUGGGUCGGGCAUCGCGCCUUUCCUCCCCACUCCGAGCGAGUCGCUGGGGAUCAAAGCUCCUUUGCGCUUCUUCCUCUUUUGCUUCCGACUGCCACUAUUCAUCUUUGUGACGGUAUCUUAUUUCCUCGUAUUACAAUGGCUUCCAAUCGGAUCCUUGGGGAAAAAGGCGGCGCUGUGGUGCAUACUAGGUGUGCCGAGCAUCUGGUGGAUUGAUCUUCAGAUUGAUGGAGUGCGAAAAGGAUCCCUCUCAAGGCAGCAAAAAGCUCGAUUGCCUCAACCGGGAUCGGUGAUUGCAUCUUCCUUCACCUCCCCGAUCGACGCAAUCUAUCUCGCCGCCAUUUUCGACCCCGUCUUCACGGCCUCGUACCCGGAGACCCGCCAGGUUGAGCACAUCUCGCUUCUUCAGGCUAUCUUGCGCGCGUUUGCGUAUCCUACCACGGAGCCCGCACCGGGCGUCAAACUGGUCGAUGUGUCCACCUUGGUGGAGAAAUACCCUAAUCGAACCAUUGUGGUCUUCCCCGAAUGCACCACCACCAACAGCAAGGGGAUCUUACCACUCAGCUGGUCAUUGCUCGGUGUUCCCUCCAACACCAAGAUCUUCCCGAUUAGUCUCAAGUACACACCAGUGGACGUGGUCACUCCUUUACCGGGCACUUAUAUCAGCUUCCUGUGGACCCUGCUCAGCCGGCCGACGCAUUGCAUCCGAGUCCGGAUCGCAGAGUGCAUGACGGUGGGACGCAGCUCGUUUGACGCGCCUCCCGCUCGGUCGACUCGUAAGUCCACCUACAACACCAACUAUCUCGACACCUUGGACGAGGACACAGCGACAGGCGAUGUGACUGCCAGUGAAAAGGCGCUGUUGGAUCAAGUUGGGGAGUCCUUGGCCCGUUUAGGUCGAGUGAAGCGGGUGGGAUUAGGAGUGGAAGAUAAGCAGGAUUUUGUCCGAAUGUGGACCAAGACACGACGAACCUGGUGA